UCCUUUUACAUCAAUAUGGCUGAUCAGCAAACUGAACGUGCUUUCCGUAAACAAUUUACUGUGCCUGUGAUACGUCGCAAGCCUAAUAAUUUUAAGAAAAAGCCACGUUUUCAUCGCAGCAUUGGUCUGGGUUUUCGUACUCCGGCCGAGCAAAACGAGAGAGCCUUCCAAAAACAAUUCGGCAUUAACCUAAACAGAAAGGUUAAGCCCGGUGUCACCAAGAAGAAGGUACUCCGCCGUUACCGUGAUAUCGGUUUGGGUUUCAAGACUCCCCGUGAUGCUAUUGAUGGCAACUACAUUGACAAGAAAUGCCCCUUCACCGGCAAUGUAAGAAUUCGUGGUCGCAUCUUAACCGGUGCCGUACGUAAAACUAAAAUGCAACGUACCAUUGUACUCCGUCGUGAUUACUUGCACUUUGUACGUAAAUACAGCCGUUUCGAAAAACGUCACAGAAACAUGAGCGCUCACUGCUCUCCCUGCUUCAGAGAUGUUGAAAUCGGCGAUAUUGUUACCAUUGGUGAAUGUCGUCCCUUGUCCAAGACUGUUCGUUUCAACGUAUUGAAGGUCUCCAAGGGUCAUGGUUCCAAGAAGAGUUUCAAGAAAUUCUAAAUUAUUGCUAAUAACAACACCAUAUAUAGAACCAAGAUGCUUUUCUAUUUAGUUUGAUGUUCAAACUAUGCUUCUUUGAUUUUUACAGAAAUAAUAAAAAAACUCUUUAAAAAAUCAAA